AUGACGGGGCCGUGCGCCGGGACGGGCGGGGGCCGCGCCCCGACGGGGACGGGGGGUGGGCAGGCAGGGGAGGCUCCUCCGUGCGGGGGGAAGCGCGUAAGGCCGGGCUCUGUAAGGAAAUGCUGCCGCGUAGGGUCAGGAGUUCGGCUUGGGAGAGUGCAGGCACACGGGGUGGCUUGUUGGGCGGAACCUCUAGGAUUUACCUCCGAAGAACGAGCUGCUGUUGUAGUUUUACAAACCCGAACCCGCGAGCAGUCCUUCGGGAGGCAGCACGCGACCACACCAGGAAAAAUGAGGAAUCCUGCGCGGUUUUACAAUGACGAUUUCAGAUACACAAUGCAGAAGAGGUUUCCAUCAAUUCUGGAAGUUUAUUACAAAUCCAAUGAGUGGUCUGGAAUUCAUGGCAUAAGGGAGAAUGACCAGAUGACAUGGUUAAGCAGCAAGAACUGAACCCUCUGUGCCUGAACUGUUUCUUCUUUUUGAUGAUGCUUUUCACAUCCCUGUUGUGAAGCCACUUGUCACGCUCUAUUUCCCAUUGGAUCUGUUUGACAUCUGUAGGAGGCAAGGUGAGAAAUAAGGAGUCGAUGGAUACCUCUGACCAUGAUAUGGCAUACAGAUGAAUCAUGUAAAAAUUAAAACUUGACUACUGUAUUUAUAAAAGUUAAUAAAGUCCAGACUGCCUCUUUUUUUUUGAGAAA